AUGAAUUCAUCAUCAGUCGAAAUCGAUACACAUUUUCCAGUUGGAGGAUGUUUACCUAAACAACCAACCGGAGCUUUACAAUUGUUAACAAAACAUCCUGAAUAUGAUGGACGACAAGUUACGAUUGCAGUUAUUGAUACAGGAAUUGAUCCUGUAGCCAAUGGACUUCAAAAAACAAGUACAGGAGAUGUGAAACUAAUUGAUUUACGUGAUAGUACAGGAAGUGGCGAUGUGGAUAUUUCAACAAUUGUUAAAAUUACAAACCAAAGUGAAGAAUUCAUUCAAGGUUUAUCGGGAAGAAAACUAAAAAUUCCAUCAUCGUGGAAAAAUCCGUCCGGAAAUUAUCAUAUUGGAAUAAAAGCAUUGAAACAAUUGAUUCCAAAUGCUGCUUUCGAACGAUUAAGUAAAGAACGAAGAGAAAAAUUUGAUCUUGAACAUCGACAAGCUUUAGCCGAUGCACAACGUCAACUAGAUGAGCAUAUUAGUAAAUUUUCAUCACCAAACGAAGAACAAAAACUAAUUCGAGAAGAAUUUCAAUCAUUUGUUGAUGCAUUAAAAGAAGUCGAAAAGAAAUACAACGAUCCUGGACCAUUUCUUGAUUGUAUUGCUUGGAAUGAUGGAGACAAAUGGAUAGCUUGUAUUGAUACAUCUGAACAAGGAGAUUUAAAUCAAUGUAAAUGUUUAACCAAUUAUUAUGAUUCUCAUCAAUUUGCAACAUUUAGUGUCAUUGACAUGGUCACGUAUUCAGUUCAAAUUCAUCAUGAAAUUAAUAUUUUGGAAAUUGUUGUUGUUGGAGUCGAAAUCGAUACACAUUUUCCUGUUGGAGAAUGUUUACCUAAACAACCAACCGGAGCUUUACAAUUAUUAACAAAACAUCCUCAAUAUGAUGGACGACAAGUUACAAUUGCAAUUAUUGAUACAGGAAUUGAUCCUGUAGCCAAUGGACUUCAACAAACAAGUACAGGAGAUGUGAAACUAAUUGAUUUACGUGAUAGUACAGGAAGUGGUGAUGUGGAUAUUUCAACAACUGUUAAAAUUGCAAACCAAAAUGAAGAAUUUAUUCAAGGUUUAUCGGGAAGAAAACUAAAAAUUCCAUCAACAUGGAAAAAUCCGUCCGGAAAUUAUCAUAUUGGAAUAAAAGCAUUGAAACAAUUGCUUCCGAAUGCUGCUUUCGAACGAUUAAGUAAAGAACGAAGAGAAAAAUUUGAUCUUGAACAUCGACAAGCUUUAGCCAAUGCACAACGUCAACUGGAUGAACAUAUUAGUAAAUUUUCAUCACCGAACGAAGAACAAAAGCUAAUUCGAGAAGAAUUUCAAUCAUUUGUUGAUGCAUUAAAAGAAGUUGAAAAGAAAUACAACGAUCCUGGACCAUUUCUUGAUUGUAUUGUUUGGAAUGAUGGAGAAAAAUGGAUAGCUUGUAUUGACACUUCAGAACAAGGAGAUUUAAAUCAAUUGUCAUUGACAUGGUCACGUAUUCAGUUCAAAUUCAUCAUGAAAUUAAUAUUUUGGAAAUUGUUGUUGUUGGAGGUUCACAUNAAUUAUUAUGAUUCUCAUCAAUUUGCAACAUUUAGUGUCAUUGACAUGGUCACGUAUUCAGUUCAAAUUCAUCAUGAAAUUAAUAUUUUGGAAAUUGUUGUUGUUGGAGGUUCACAUGGAACUCAUGUUGGUGCGAUAUCUGCUGCUUAUUUUAAUGAUUCAUGUGAAGAAAAUGGCGUCGCACCUGGUGCACAACUUUUGUCAAUUAAUAUUGGUGAUCAUCGUUUAUCAACAAUGGAAACUAUUCCAUCAUUGGUUCGAGCGAUCAAAUAUUGUAUUGAUUAUAAAGUUGAUAUCAUUAAUAUGAGUUAUGGUGAAGAUUGUCAUAUUCCAAAUUCAGGACGUGUUCAAGACUUAUUUAAUGAAGCUGUAGAGAAACAUGGAAUUAUAUUUGUAUCAUCAGCUGGAAAUAAUGGUCCUGCUCUAAGUACAACAGGUGCACCUGGUGCAACAUGUACAAAUCUCAUUGGUGUUGGUGCUUAUGUUACUCCAGAAAUGCAAUUAGCUGAAUAUGCAUUGAGAGAAUGUACAGGUUGUACAACACCAUUUACUUGGUCUUCACGUGGUCCAUGUCCUGAUGGCUGGCUGGGUGUUUGUGUUAGUGCACCUGGAGCUGCAAUUACAAGUGUUCCUCAUUAUAAUUUAUGUCAACGACAAUUAAUGAAUGGAACAUCAAUGGCAUCACCAAAUGCUGCUGGUUGUGUUGCUUUGUUGUUAAGUGCAUUGAAACAAGAACGAAUUGAAUAUAAUCCAUCGUUAAUUCGUCGUGCAUUGAUGAACACUGCACAGAAAAUCGAUGAUGAAUUCUCUGUUGGUGCUGGUCUUUUACAAAUUCAUAAAGCUUUAGAUUAUAUUCGUUCAUUAGCUAAACCAUCAUUAAUUUCGAAAAUGCAAUUCGAUAUAACUGGUGGACAAGGACGAGGAAUUUAUCUAAGAGAUUUUGAUCAUGUACAAACAAGUUCAGGUGAUAUGCGUUUGACAAUUAAAUCAAAAUAUUUAGCAAAAUCAACAAAUCAACCAAUCACUUAUGAUGAUCAAGAAAUGAAAAUCAAAUUUGCUUGUCGUUUAUCAUUUGUUUGUGAUCCACCAGUUAGUUAUGUUCAACAUGGGAAAUAUCUUGAUUUAGCGUAUACAGAUCGAACAUUUGAUAUUCGAAUCGAUCCAUCACAUUUAAAAGAAGAUCAAGUUCAUUUUACUGAAUUACAAGCAUUUGAUAUCAAUCAAAUCAAUGCAGGACCAUUAGUUCGUUUUCCAAUUACAAUUAUUAAACCUUUACGAAUUGAUACUCCAAAUUAUUCUUUACAAUUUUCUUCUCAAACAUUCAAAGCUGGUCAAAUUCGUCGUCAUUUUCUUGAAGUUCCUAUUGGCGCAAAUAUUGCUGUAUUCAAAAUAAUGAACAAUUCGUCUGAUAUAUCUGCUCAAAUGAAUUUACAUUUUGUUCAACUCGAACCAGGUCGUUCAUUUCGUUUAACGGAAUACGAAAAACUGAUUCGUUUAUCUCCAAAUUCAACUUUUGAAUGUUAUUUCAAUGUUCAAGACAAACAUACAUUAGAAUUAUGUUUGGCACGUUGGUGGUCAAGUUUAGCGAUUAUUGAUACAAAUUAUUCAAUUGAAUUUCAUUCGAUUUUAAUUUCACCAACACUUUCAUUACAUUUACGUAGUAGUCAAUCAUAUGAAAGAUUUCUUUUGGAAAAUCGUUUGAAUAAUACUUAUGAAGAUAUCAAUGGUUUACCAAUUAUUAAUUGGAAAUUUCUUGUUCAAACAUUGAGACCGAAUAAAGAUGAAAGUAAAAUACAAAUUUUGUCCAAACGGGAUUGUUUAACUGAACAAAGACAAAUUUAUCAAUUGAUCUUAACUUUUAAUUUUACUUUGUUGAAAGCUUCGGAAAUCCAAGUGAAAUGUCCAUAUUUACAUGAAUUGCUCUAUGAUAAUGAAUUUGAAGCAGCAUUAUGGAUGUGUUUCGAUGCAAAUAAACAAUAUUUAGGUUCAGGAGAUGUCAUGAAAGAUUAUUCAUUAAAAUUGGAAAAAGGAGAUUUUGUAAUUCGAAUGCAAAUUCGUCAUGAUAAAUCUGAUCUCUUAGAACGUUUAUUAAAAGAUUCAUCGGGAAAUGGUUUAGCAUUACAUAUCGAACACAAAGUCACUGGUCUUCCCACAUCUGAUUUUUAUUAUUCAUUAGAUUGUUUACAUACACAAAAGAAGAAGAUUCAGACAUCAUCCAUUAAAUUACAAUGGGGUCAUCAACUUCCAAUUUAUAUGACAACGGUUCCAGAGGACAAACUUCCGAAAGUGAUUAAUUCAGUAGCUGGAGUGUUCUUACAAGGAACAAUGACAAUUCCAAAAAAUGAAAAAAUGAAAAAAUUGGAAAUGAAUAAUAUUUAUCAAUAUUUUACUGAACCAAUUUCAACAAGUUCAUCGAGUUCUUCGAAGAAAUCUUCAUCGAACAAUACUUCAAAUAGUUCGAAGAAACAAAUCAGUUCUCCAACAAUUGAAGAUGGAACAACAAAUAAUUCAUCAUCAACAAAAGAUCAACAAUAUCAAGAAGCUUUACGAGAUUUGAAAAUUUCAUGGAUUUCCAAAUUCAAUGAUGAACAAAAUAAAUUAUACGAAGAAUUAUUAAAUGAACAAUCAGAUUUAACAACUUAUGUUCCAUUACAUCUCGCUCGUCUUCAACAAUUGGAAAAUCAAUUUAAACAACAACAAACACAUUUAACCAAUGAGAAAAAAGAUGAAAAAUUACAUGAAAUUAGUCAAUUUAUUCAAACAAAACUUUUGUCAUUAUUCGAUGAAGAUCUUAUUUUGAAAUUUUUUGGACAAAAAAAUUCUUCAUCCAAUGAAAAAGAUAUUCAAAUUCUUAAAAAUGAUAUGGAAAAACGUCGAAAUUGGUUUAUUGAUAUUUAUAUCGCAUUAGGAAUGUGUUUAUGUGAUUUAUCGAAUAUAAAUGAUGAAGUUUCAAAUCAAUUAACGAAUAUUUGGAAAACUUUACAAAAACAUAUCGAUCUGAAUGACACAAAAUUAAAUAAUUUUCAUUAUAAAUUUCAUUUAAUGAAAAAAUCUUAUGGAAAAGUUUGGAAAUUACUUUUAAAACAAAUUGAAGAUAAAUCCGCAUCUCAACAACAAGAAUAUGACAAUAAAUUACUUCAACUUUAUCAAACAAUGAAUAUGAAAUAUUUAAUAACAUAUCAAGAACGAUUAAUGAUCGCUAAAUAUCCUUCAUCAUACGUCCUCUUUUAG